UGUGGGGUUGCAGUAGUUGGGCCGGGAGGCUAGAGUGGGGGGGGAUCGUAGGGACACUAGCGCGGAGUAGGGGCGGAGGAGGCACUAGCUCCGGGGUUAAGAAGAGGAAAUGGAAUGGGGGAAGGUUGGAGGCGGAGAGAAAUAAAGAGGGAGACAGGGGCGGAGGGGAGGGGGCCUAGGAUCCAGUGGCGGCCCUGGGGGAGCGGUCUAGCGCCGGGGAACAAGAAGUAGGUGUGCAGGCCCUGAAGAAGCAGUCACGAAUUGGAGGGGAAUUUCUUAACGAAGAGUUAAGAAAGAAGCCUGGAGCUUGUGGCCGAGGCCCGACUGUACCCGGCCGGUAGGAGAGAGGUCUUUCCCGUGGAGGAGGAUAGUGGGGAAGGGGAGAAGAGAGACCUGGAGGAUGUUGGGCAGGUUUGGUAAGGAGGGAACUAAACCCAGUCAGAUGAUCCUUCUCCAGACUUAGAUCAGCCUUUCCAGAGUUCCUAUAGCAUCUGCCCCAAUUUCAGCUGAAGACUCAGGGGCCCCAGGGACUGGAAGAAAUCACAGUGCCUGCUUGGAAAGAAGAAGAGGUAGCGACUUGCCCCAGCUCAACCCCAGAGCGGCUCCGGAGUUGGGCUGCUCUCAACCAAGCUGUCUGUUUAUAUGGAGUGCCUGGAGGGCGUCUGCCAUGAGUCUGUCGCUAACCGUGCUAACCAGGAGAGCUGGCUGGUUGGGGAGAAGACACUAACCCUGAGCUGUUGGCUAGAGGAAGUGGAGGGGCCGUGGGAUGCAGAGAGCCGAGGGCUAACUCUGGGACAGCAGAACAGAGAGAGCUGCCGACGAUCAGACGCAGGUUGAGGAGCCCUCACCUCCCAGGAUGACCAGCGCAGCCCCUGCUAAGAAACCGUACCGUAAGGCCCCACCUGAGCAUCGGGAGUUGCGGCUGGAGGUUCCUGGAUCCCGGCUGGAGCAGGAGGAGCCCCUGACCGAUGCAGAGAGGAUGAAGCUGUUGCAGCAGGAGAACGAGGAGCUCCGCCGGCGCCUGGCCUCAGCCACCAGGCGCACCGAGGCCCUGGAGCGCGAGCUGGAGAUCGGGCAGGACUGCUUGGAGCUGGAGCUGGGCCAGAGCCGCGAGGAGCUGGACAAAUUUAAGGACAAAUUCCGCAGGCUUCAGAACAGCUACACGGCUUCCCAGAGGACCAACCAGGAGUUGGAGGACAAGCUGCACACACUGGCCUCUCUUAGCCACAGCUGGAUCUUUGCAAUCAAGAAGGCGGAGAUGGACAGGAAGACGCUGGACUGGGAGAUCGUGGAGCUGACCAACAAGCUGCUGGACGCCAAGAACACCAUCAACAAGCUGGAGGAGCUCAAUGAGCGGUACCGGCUGGACUGCAACCUGGCUGUGCAGCUCCUCAAGUGCAACAAGUCCCACUUCCGCAACCACAAGUUCGCUGAUCUGCCCUGUGAGCUACAGGACAUGGUUCGGAAACAUCUGCACAGUGGUCAAGAGGCUGCCAGCCCGGGCCCUGCCCCUAGCCUGAUGCCAGGGGCUGUGGUACCCACCUCGGUCAUUGCCCGGGUAUUAGAGAAGCCAGAGUCUCUACUGCUCAACUCAGCCCAGUCAGGCAGUGCCGGGCGCCCCUUGGCCGAGGAUGUCUUUGUGCACGUGGACAUGAGUGGGGGGGGCCCGGGUGACCCAGCCAGUCCCCCAGCCCCUGGCAGCCCCACCUCACAACCCAAUGGGGAAUGUCGCUCCCUGGGCACUGCUGGGGGCUCCCCAGAGGAGGAGUUGCCCCUGCCAGCCUUUGAGAAGCUGAGCCCCUACCCCACCCCAUCUCCACCACACCCGCUGUAUCCUGGCCGCAAGGUAAUCGAGUUCUCUGAAGAUAAGGUGCGAAUCCCCCGCAACAGCCCCCUGCCCAACUGCACUUACGCCACCCGCCAGGCCAUUUCCCUGAGCCUGGUGGAGGAGGGCGGUGAGCGGGCCCGCCCCAGCCCAGUGCCCAGUAGCCCUGCCUCAGCCCAGACCUCCCCCCGCCACGAGCCCAGCCCUGUCCCCCCAGCACUCAGUGCCCCGGCCAGCUCUGCCAGCUCUGAGGAGGACCUGCUAGCCAGCUGGCAGCGGGCAUUUGUGGACCGCACUCCACCCCCGGCCGCCGUGGCCCAGCGCACAGCCUUUGGACGUGAUGCCCUCCCUGACCUGCAGCGCCACUUUGCUCUUAGCCCCGCUGACAGAGAUGAGGAGGUUCUGGCGCCUUCUUCCCCACCUGGUGAGAGUGGGCUUUUGCUGCCAACAGAAGCUGAUUCUGGCCUUCCCAGGGAGGAGGAAGAAGAGCUGAACCUGCCCAUCAGCCCUGAGGAAGAACGCCAGAGUCUGCUGCCCGGUGAUAAUGGCACAGAUCGGGGGCCUGUCACUUCCCACACUGACGGCAGGGCCUGGGCACUCCCCAGCUCCAGCCGUCCCCAGCGCAGCCCCAAGAGGAUGGGGGUGCACCACCUUCACCGCAAGGACAGCCUGACCCAGGCCCAAGAGCAGGGCAACCUGCUCAACUAGGGCCCCCCCGUCGCCCUCCUGCUCCUGCUGCUCUGCUCCCUGUGCGGUGGUGUCAGGUGGGCCACGCCAGGCCUUGUAGCUGCGCUGCCUGUGACUGGCACCAGCUUGUCUCAUGGCUUUUCCCUUUUCUUGGAAUAUUUAUUCCCCAAGGGUAACAUGCAGCUGGGGCCCAAGACCUUUCUUCCGGUUGGCCCAAGUUGGGCUGUUCUGGGCCGCGGAGGGGUCUAUCGUAUCAGUGUUCAUCUUCCAUCCCCCUUUCAUACCCGCAAGUUUUAUUUUUUGUGGUUCCCCCACCCCCCCCCCCCGGGGUCGGGAGGGGGACGUCGUCGGGGACGAUUAACCUCUAAUUUCUAUUUUCUGCCUGUUUUCCUCUCCCCUCAAGUCCUCUGCACGAGCUGUUGCCUUCAAGGGGCCCUUGGGGGAUGAGGGAGAGGACUCACUCAGGGCUCGCCUCAGCUGUGUCCAUCCUCCCUCUGGAAGGGAGGAGAGGGAGGGAUUCAGGGGCCUCAAGCUGGGCUCUAGGUGAGGCCUGGCCCCCUCCCGACCUUGGCUCUAGAC